CAAAGAUUGAAAGUGUGCAGAAAACAGGUUUCAUCAAAGGACCAAUGUUCAAAGGUGUUGCUUCUAGUCGAUUUUUGCCCAAAGGCACCAAGACAAAAGUUAAUUUGGAGGAACAAGGACGACAGAAGGUGUCAUUCAGCUUCAGCCUUACAAAAAAAACUUUGCAGAAUAGGUUUCUUACCGCACUUGGCAAUGAAAAACAAAAUGAUACUCCAAACUCCCCUGCUUUAUCUCAAGGAGACUCAACUCCUAAAAUUAAAGUGGACAUUGGAGAUACCUUAGCUACUACAGAAGAAUCUUCCCCACCAAAAUCAAGAGUGGAAUUGGGCAAAAUUCAUUUUAAAAAACAUCUGCUUCAUGUGACUUCCAGGCCACUGCUGGCUACUACCUCAGCAGUAGCAUCUCCAUCUCCUCCCCCAGUACAGUUACCAGCAGUCAUACCAGAAUCAACAACUAUAGACUCACCACCUUCAUCUCCACCUCCACCACCUCCACCUCCCCAAGCCACAACACCCUCAUCACCAGCACCAAUAACAGAGCCAGUGGCCUCACCACACACACCAGUAACAGUUCUCACGACAGCACCACUAUCCUUACCAGUAGAUGUAGCAGUUAGAACUCUGAAAGAACCACCAGUUACACUUGUAAAAGAGUCUUUAGAAGUGGAUACUAAGCAGGACAUUAUAUCUAACAAUUCAGAAGAACACAUAACUCACAAUCUGAAUGAUCAAGUAGAUAGUCCUUCACCAAAAGAAGAUUCCCAUAUUGGGAAGGAAGAAGAUAUUCCAGAUAGUUCUAAGAUUAGUCUGAGCUCUAAAAAACCGGUUUCUAAGAAGAAAUAUUCACAAUUUGAAGGCUCAUUUUUUGGCUCAGAAUCUGAUGAAGAUUCUGUAAGGACUUCCUCCAGUCAAAGAUCACAUGAUUUAAAAAUUUCAGCAAGCAUUGAAAAGGAAAGAGAUAUUAAAAAGAGCUCAGCGCCUUUAAAAAGUGAAGAUUUAGGAAAAUCUUCAAGGUCUAAAACAGAAAGAGAAGAUAAAUAUUUUAGCUACUCAAAACUUGAAAGAGAUACUCGGUAUGUAUCUUCCCGAUGUAGAUCAGAAAGAGAGCGAAGGCGGAGCAGAUCUCGUUCCAGAUCUGACAGGGGGUCUAGAGCUAGCCUAUCCUAUUCCCGGUCAGAACGAUCUCAUUAUUAUGACUCUGAUCGACGCUACCAUAGGAGUUCCCCUUAUCGAGAGAGGACACGCUAUUCUCGGCCAUAUACAGAUAACAGGGGACGAGAGAGUUCCGACUCUGAAGAUGAAUAUAAGAAGACAUACUCAAGGCGCACCUCGUCUCAUUCCUCCUCUUACAGAGACCUGAGAACAUCAUCCUAUUCUAAAUCUGAUCGGGACUGCAAAACUGAGACCUCUUACUUAGACAUAGAGAGAAGAGGAAAGUAUUCUUCCAAACUAGAGAGAGAAUCCAAAAGGACUUCAGAAAAUGAAGCAAUAAAAAGAUGUUGUUCUCCUCCUAGUGAUCUGGGAUUCCGAUGGGGGUCCUCAUAUUCUAAGCACGAUUAUAGUGCUUCCCGCUACAAAUCUGCCCUUUCAAAGUCCAUACCCAAGUCUGACAAAUUUAAAAAUUCUUUCUGUUGUACAGAAUUAAAUGAGGAAAGCAAACAGUCUCAUUCUUCUAGUUUACAGACUCCUUGUUCAAAAGGUAGUGAGUUAAGAACUGUUAGUAAAAUUCCUGAAAGAGAAAAGACUGGGUCUCCAUCUGCAUCAAAUCGGUUAAAUGAUUCACCUACUUUUAAAAAGCUAGAUGAAUCACCUAUUUUUAAGUCAGAAUUUAUAGGACGUGAUAGCCAUGAUAGUAUUAAAGAAUUGGACUCUUUAUCUAAAGUGAAGAAUGAUAAAUUAAAAAACUUUUGUCCCAUUGAAUUAAAUAUAAACGGAUCUCCUGGGGCAGAAUCUGAUGUGACAACAUUUUGCACUUCUAAAACUGAUGCUGUUUUGAUGACAUCUGAUGAUAGUGUGACUGGAUCAGAGGUAUCUCCUUUGGUCAAAGCAUGCAUAUCUUCAUCAAAUGGAUUUCAGAGUAUUAGUAGGUGCAAGGAAAAAGACUUGGACACUUGCAUGCAGCAUAGUAAGUCACAAAGUCCAUUUAAAGAAACAGAACCUUUGGUGUCACCAUGCAGUGAUAAUAUGUCUUUGCCAGUUAUGACUACAGAUUAUUCUAAAACAGAAAAAGAGCCAGUUGAUAUGAGAGUUUCUUGCUGUAAAACCAAAGAUUCAGAUAGAUAUUGUACUGCAAAUGAGAGUAACCCUUCUUUGUGUUAUUCUGAAGCUGAAACUGUUGAGCCUUCAGUUACGAAGAUUUCUUCAAAUAGCUUUAAGAAUGUACAUUUGGAAUCAAAAACAGUUGUAUGUGAUAAGAGAAAUCUGACAGAUCAGCACUCAAAAUUUACAUGUGAAGAGUAUAAACAGAGUGUUGGUAGCACUAGUUCAGCUUCUGUUAAUCAUUUGGAUGAUUUAUAUGAACCUAUUGGGAGUUCAAGUAUUGGUUCAUCUCUUCAGAGUCUUCCACCAGGAAUAAAAGUGGACAGUUUGACUCUCUUGCCAUGUGGUGAGAACACAUCUCCAGUUCUGGAUGGAGUGCUGAAGAGUAAAAAGAGCACAGAGGUUUUAAAGCAUACAGGGAAAGAAAAAAUAGUAGACGUAGGUAGUGGCUUUUCUAAUUCAGGAAAGGCAUUUGCCUCUUGGGAAAACAGGCAUAAUAAUGGGCUAUCUGGGAAAUGUUUGCAAGAGGCUCAAGAAGAAGGGAAUUCCAUAUUGCCUGAUAGAAGAGGAAGACCAGAGAUCUCUUUAGAUGAAGGAGUAAGGGGGCAUGCACAUACAUCUGAUGACUCAGAAGUUGUACUUUCUUCUUGUGAUUUGAAUUUAACUGUGGAAGAUGAUGGUGUAACUUACACCUUAAAAUGUGAUAGUAGUGGUCAUGCCCCUGAAAUUGUGUCUACUGUCCAUGAAGAUUAUUCUGGUUCCUCUGAAAGUUCAAGUGAUGAAAGUGAUUCAGAAGAUACAGAUUCUGAUGACAGCAGUAUUCCAAGAAACCGUCUCCAAUCUGUUGUGGUUGUGCCAAAGAAUUCUACUUUGCCUAUGGAAGAAACAAGUCCAUGUUCUUCCCGGAGCAGUCAAAGUUAUAAGCAUUAUUCCGACCACUGGGAAGAUGAGAGAUUAGAGUUAAGGAGGUAUUCAUAUGAGGAAAAAUUUGAGAAUAUAACAAGUAAAGGCUGUCCUCAAACUGAAAAGUUCUUUUUUCAUAAAGGUACAGAGAAGAAUCCAGAAAUUUCUUUUAUACAAUCCAGCAGAAAACAAGUAGAUAACCACCUGCCUGAAAUUGCCCAUUCUCAGAGUGAUGGUGUUGAUAGUACAAGUCAUACAGAUAUGAAAUCUGACCUUCUGGGUCACUCAAAUUCAGAAGAAAUAACAAAAGCCAAAACAUCCUUUAGGCAACAAGAUGAGCUACCAGUUUAUUCUGAUGAUUUUGAAGAUAUCCCAAGUAAAUCUCGGCAACAGACCACUUUCCCUAACAGGCCAGAUAGUAGACUUGGAAAAACAGAGUUGAAUUUUUCUUCUUGUGAUAUCUCAUGCAUGGAUGGCUUGCACUCAUCAGAAGAGCUCAGAAACCUAGGGUGGAACUUCUCUCAACAAGAAAAGCCUACUACCACAUAUCAGCAACCUGACAGCAGUUAUGGAGUCUGUGGUGCACACAGGUAUCAGCAAAGUGCAGAACAAUAUGGUGGGAACCGUAAUUACUGGCAAGGCAAUGGCUACUGGGAUCCAAGAUCAGCAGGUAGACCUCCUGGAUCUGGGGUCGCUUAUGACCGAAUUCAAGGGCAGGUUCCAGAUUCCUUAACAGAUGAUCGUGAAGAGGAAGAGAAUUGGGAUCAACGGGGUGAAUCUCACUUUUUAAGCCAGUCUAAUAAAUUUCUUCUGUCCCUUCAGAAGGACAAGGGGUCGGUGCAAGCACCUGAAAUAAGCAGCAAUUCCGUUAGGGACUCUUUAGCUGUAAAUGAAAGAAAAGACUUUUCAAAAAACCUAGAAAAAAGUGAUAUUAAAGAUCGAGGGCCUCUUAAAAAAAGGAGGCAGGAAUUGGAAAGUGAUUCUGAAAGUGAUGGUGAGCUUCAGGAUAGAAAGAAAGUUAGAGUGGAUAUAGAACAGGGAGGGACCUCAGUGCCCCCAGGUUCAGAGCUGAUUGGGCCUUCCUGUGUCAUGGAUGACUUCAGAGACCCACAGCGAUGGAAGGAAUGUGCCAAGCAGGGGAAGAUGCCUUGUUACUUUGAUCUUAUUGAAGAAAAUGUUUAUUUAACAGAAAGAAAGAAGAAUAAAUCCCACCGGGACAUUAAGCGAAUGCAAUGUGAGUGUACACCUCUUUCCAAAGAUGAAAGAGCUCAAGGUGAAAUAGCAUGUGGGGAAGAUUGUCUUAAUCGUCUCCUCAUGAUUGAAUGUUCUUCUCGGUGUCCGAAUGGGGAUUACUGUUCCAAUAGACGGUUUCAGAGAAAACAGCAUGCAGAUGUGGAAGUCAUUCUUACAGAAAAGAAAGGUUGGGGCUUAAGAGCGGCCAAAGAUCUUCCUUCGAACACCUUUGUCCUGGAAUAUUGUGGAGAGGUACUUGAUCAUAAAGAAUUUAAAGCUCGGGUGAAGGAAUAUGCACGAAACAAAAACAUCCAUUACUAUUUCAUGGCCCUGAAGAACGAUGAGAUAAUAGAUGCCACUCAGAAAGGAAACUGCUCUCGUUUCAUGAAUCACAGCUGUGAACCAAACUGUGAAACCCAAAAAUGGACUGUGAAUGGACAGCUGAGAGUUGGUUUUUUUACCACCAAACUGGUUCCUUCAGGCUCAGAGUUAACAUUUGACUAUCAGUUUCAAAGAUAUGGAAAAGAAGCUCAAAAAUGUUUCUGCGGGUCUGCUAAUUGCCGAGGUUACCUGGGAGGAGAAAACAGAGUCAGUAUCAGAGCUGCUGGAGGGAAAAUGAAAAAGGAACGCUCUCGUAAGAAGGAUUCAGUAGAUGGAGAGCUAGAAGCACUGAUGGAAAAUGGUGAAGGUCUUUCUGAUAAAAACCAGGUGCUCAGUUUAUCCCGGUUAAUGGUUCGAAUUGAAACUUUGGAGCAGAAACUUACCUGUCUCAAGCUUAUUCAGAAUACACACUCACAAUCCUGCCUGAAGUCCUUUCUGGAACGACAUGGGCUGUCUUUGUUAUGGAUCUGGAUGGCAGAGCUUGGUGAUGGCCGGGAAAGUAACCAGAAGCUUCAGGAAGAGAUCAUAAAGACCUUGGAGCACUUACCCAUUCCUACUAAAAAUAUGUUGGAGGAAAGCAAAGUACUUCCAAUUAUUCAGCGUUGGUCUCAGACCAAGACUACUGCUCCCCAAUUGAGUGAAGGAGAUGGGUAUUCCAGUGAAAAUACAUCUCGUGCACACACCCCCCUCAAUACACCUGAUCCUUCUACCAAGCUGAGCACAGAAGCUGACACAGACACUCCCAAGAAGCUCAUGUUUCGCAGACUUAAAAUUAUAAGUGAAAAUAGCAUGGAUAGUGCAGUCUCUGAUGCAGCCAGUGAGCUGGAAGGCAAGGAUGGCAAAGAGGACCUUGAUCAGUUAGAAAAUGUCACUGUAGAGGAAGAGGAAGAGAUGCAGUCACGACAGCUAUUCCCUGAACAGCUGCCUGAAUUCAAAGUUGAGAGUGAAACCACUGUGGAGGCCAGUAAACUUCCCACAUUGGAACCAGAAGCUGACGCUGAGAUGGAGCCCAAAGAGAGCAGUGGCACCAAGUUGGAAGAACCCAUUGCUGAGGAAACACCAUCCCAGGAUGAAGAGGAGGGCGUGUCUGAUGUGGAGAGUGAGAGGAGCCAAGAACAGCCAGAUAAAACAGUGGAUAUAAGUGAUUUGGCCACCAAGCUACUGGACAGUUGGAAAGACUUAAAGGAGGUGUAUCGAAUUCCAAAGAAAAGUCAAACUGAAAAGGAGAGCACAGUAACUGAGCGAGGAAGAGAUGCUGUUGGACUCAGAGAUCAAACAGCUGCCCCAAAGACUCCUAACAGGUCAAGAGAGAGAGAUCUAGAUAAGCAGACUCAGAGUAAAGAGAAAAGGAAACGAAGGGGCUCCCUCUCACCACCUUCUUCUGCCUAUGAGCGGGGAACAAAAAGGUCAGAUGACAGGUAUGACACACCAACUUCUAAAAAGAAGGUACGAAUUAAAGACCGCAAUAAACUCUCUACAGAGGAACGCCGAAAGUUGUUUGAGCAAGAAGUGGCUCAGCGGGAGGCUCAGAAACAGCAGCAGCAGCUGUGUCAGUGUACAGCAGCAGUACUCUCCUGCACAAUCUCAAGCAACCAUAUAUUAUCAAGGACAGACAUGUCCAAGUGUUUAUGGUGUGACAUCUUAUUCACAGACAACUCCACCAAUUGUACAGAGUUAUGCCCAGCCAAGUCUUCAGUAUAUCCAGGGACAGCAAAUUUUCACAGCUCACCCACAAGGAGUGGUGGUACAGCCAACUGCAGCCGUAACUACAAUUGUUACUCCAGGGCAGCCACAACCUUUACAGCCACCUGAAAUGGUUGUGACAAAUAAUCUACUGGACCUGCCACCCCCAUCUCCUCCCAAACCAAAAACCAUUGUCUUACCUCCCAACUGGAAGACAGCCCGAGAUCCAGAAGGGAAGAUUUAUUACUACCAUGUGAUCACAAGGCAGACUCAGUGGGAUCCGCCUACUUGGGAAAGCCCAGGAGAUGAUGCCAGCCUUGAGCAUGAAGCUGAGAUGGACCUGGGAACCCCAACAUAUGAUGAAAACCCCAUGAAGACAUCAAAAAAGCCCAAGACAGCAGAAGCAGACACUUCCAGUGAGCUGGCUAAGAAAAGCAAAGAAGUGUUCAGAAAAGAGAUGUCUCAGUUCAUCGUCCAGUGCCUGAACCCUUACCGGAAACCUGACUGCAAAGUAGGCAGAAUCACCACAACUGAGGAUUUCAAACACUUAGCUCGAAAGCUGACUCAUGGUGUUAUGAACAAGGAGCUGAAGUACUGUAAGAACCCUGAGGACCUGGAGUGCAAUGAGAAUGUGAAACACAAAACCAAGGAGUAUAUAAAGAAGUACAUGCAGAAGUUUGGGGCUGUUUACAAACCCAAAGAGGACACGGAGUUAGAGUGACCAGUGGGGCCAGGGUGGGAGGACGGCUGAUCAGACAGGCCAGCCUGGGAGAAGAAAUUCCUUGGGCCUCUGUCCCACCCCCACCGUCGGGCUGUGCUACUGAUGACACGUCACCCUGGGAACUCAAGCCUGCAGGUGUCACCUGAAAGCCACAAAAUGAACUCCAUCUGCAGAUGACCCCUAGUUUCAAGCAAUUGGGCUGUGGUUAGAGGUCAUCAGAGGGAAUAGCCCAGGGAAGACCCUGGCCAAGCCUGACUCGACCCCACUUUCCACCUGGGUCUCCUCCUUGGCGGUGCUGUCAGCGCACAGACCCAUGCGCGUCCCCACCCAAGACCCUUUACCCUGACGAUCUGUAUUAUAUUUUAAUGUAUAUGUGAAUAUAUUGAAAAUAAUUUGUUUUUUCUUGGUUUUUGUUUGGUUUUUGUUUUGCUUUAGCCUCUAUAUGCUAGGAUCACAGAAAGACUUUGUAAGGGUGGUUUAAGUUCUCCUGCAAGGUUUAAUUUGUUAUCAUGUAAAUAUUCCAAAGCAGGCUGCCUUGUGGUUUUGGCUAGCCGUGUGCUCUGUUGAUAAGAUUGAUUUACUGCUUAAAAUCACUUUACUUUAUCCAAUUUUUACUGAACUUUUUAUGUAAAAAAUAAAAUGAAUUAAAGAACUUGG